ACCACCUUCACAAUAAACCUGACGAUGGAUUUUCCCGAUAAAUUAGUUGCGCUGUACGCGUUUAUGUUUAUCCCGACAUGUAGGAACAGGCCCACCGCAGAUAUCCACAAUGAUAUGCCGAGCGGCUCGUAGAGAGGUCUUAUAUGCUCGCUGGGUUGGCCACACGUGGUAUUGGCCUGCAAAAUCCUACCUUCAACCACUACGUCAGUCAGCUCAACUUCACGACAAUGUUUCGCCAUUUUCAACACUGUCCCGGAGAAUGCCUGCAGGCGCAUGGGACUGCCAUAUGCACGUCACUUCCCCGGAGUAUCCGCUCGUUGCCAAUGCAGCGUACGUUCCUUCGCUGCACAACUUCCAGCACGCGAUGAAAUUCGAAAGUACGAUUGGGAUUUCCAAGAUUGUGCUGGUACAGCCCUCGAUCUACGGCGAUGACAACUCUUGCCUCCUGGAUGCCCUCAAGGAAAUAGGGCCUGCCAACGGUCGCGGCGUCGUCGGCAUCGAUCCCAACGCAGUUGAUAUGUCCACGCUUCAAGCAUGGCAUAAGUUGGGCGUUCGAGGAGUGCGCCUAAAUCUCAAAUCAACCAAUGUGCAGUUUACCGAAGAGUCGCUCAAUGAUCUGCUGAAAAGCUACGCAGAUGUCAUAAGACCUCUCGGCUGGGUCCUUGAGCUCUACAUCGGCAUGGAGUCGAUACCAAUCCUUGAACGCGCCGCCGGAAGUCUUGGUGUACGAAUAGUCAUUGCGCACUGCGGUGCCCCGAAAUUACCCUCGGUUGACGACAAAGCGUACCCAUUGGAUCCUUACAAGUUAUACGGAUUUCGAUCGCUUGUCAACUUGCUACAGGACGGGAAUACGUGGAUUAAAUUCUCAGCGGCAUAUCGUUUUGACCCGGACCCAGAGAUGCGCGGCAUCGAGGUCAUUGCACGCGAGCUGUUGAAGAAAGCCGGCAAUAGAGUAGUCUUUGCAUCAGACUGGCCGCACACACGAUUCGACGGGCUCGACGUACGGCCAUUUGUCGAGCGAUGCAUAGAAUGGACCGACGCCGCUGCUUUGACAGAAGAAGUCUUUUCUCUAAACGCGCAAGAGCUUUGGAAAUGAUACAGCCAGCUUUCCUCCAGACCCUUCACCAUUUGUCGCUCGGCAACUUGAUUCGAUACUCCGCAAACCCUGACUCUCCGAAUGUGUCGUAGAGCUUCCUUGCGACUUUAUUCUCGUGCUGCGUCAGCCAGUAGUACUUGGAGCAGCCUUUCUCCUGGGCAGCCUUGCCGCACGCCACGAUCAGCUUCCUCCCAUAGCCUUUUCCACGGAUAUCAGGAUUGACGAAUAGAUCUAUUAAUCUCAGCAAAAUAUCAUCAAGACAGACGCGGGACAAGGUACCGUUCAGAUAGCAAACAGGCUUAUCCGACCAAGAGGUUGUAUGGAAGAGAUAGUGCGCAAUGGCAUUCAGCGUCCCGUCUUCCUCGCGAAUAGCAAACGCAUGC